UUCCCUCUGUGUGAGCAAUCUGUGCUGCUCCUUGCAGUCCUCUAUGUGUAUAUUUAUGUUCUGAAUAUUAUCUGGCUCUAUGCAGUUUAUACAACACUUUACUCAUUUCUCAGUCCCAUCUGGCCACAAGUCAGCAUUAUAGAAUUUAAUGGUCAUUUUUCCUGUGCGCCGUAUUUUGCUGGAGAACAGUGAUUCCUAGGGUUCCCAACUGUCUUGGUAGUGAUGAGUGGGAAAUCACUUCUCCUCAAAGUAAUUCUUCUAGGUGACGGGGGAGUUGGUAAAAGCUCUCUUAUGAAUCGUUAUGUCACCAACAAGUUUGACUCCCAGGCCUUUCACACUAUUGGAGUGGAGUUUCUCAACCGUGACCUGGAGGUGGAUGGGAGAUUGGUGACUUUACAGAUAUGGGAUACAGCUGGCCAGGAACGUUUCAAAAGCCUACGGACUCCAUUUUAUCGAGGGGCUGAUUGCUGCCUGCUGACUUUUAGUGUGGAUGACAGACAAAGCUUUGAGAAUUUGGGCAGCUGGAGAAAGGAGUUUAUCUUCUACGCAGAUGUCAAGGAGGCGGAAGGCUUCCCCUUUGUAGUCCUGGGUAACAAGCUAGAUAAGAAUGAGAGGGAGGUGAGUACUGCAGAGGCCCAAGCCUGGUGCCAAGAGAAUGGUGGGUAUCCAUACUUAGAGACUAGUGCCAAGGAUGAUACCAAUGUGGAUAUAGCUUUUGAGGAGGCAGUCAGGCAAGUUUUGGCAGUGGAGGAACAGAUGGAGCAUUCUGUGCUUGGCCGCACAGUCGAUCUUCAUAGUAAUGCCGGCUCUGGGUCAUCUUGCUGCUGAAACUGUAGCUGGGAAUCUGGAAGAAGUCAAACAAAGGACUUGUCCUUCCUGGUCUAUUGAACUCUAAGGAAGGUUGAGGCUUAGGCGGUACAAAGACUGUAUUCCUGAUUCUAACAGUAUUAUGAAUGUGAAUAUUACAUCAAAUGGUGUAAUUAUCAGCGGUACUAUGAACACAGGUAUACUGUGUGUUGAGUUCAGGGACUGUCAGUGACCUUCCUGCUCUUAAAGAUACUCCGUGUCAAGAGCUGGUUGAUUAAUGUGGUACUUGUCUUGCAUUGGAUUGGUGGACUCUUCUGUUUACUGGCAAGAAUACAUACAUGUGUGAAAAAUAAUGCAAAGAAGUGCAGUUGAAGAUGCAGAUGCUCAAACUUGUUGACUUUUGUUACAUCAGACUGUUACAUUGGCCAGCCAUAUAUUUAUAAUAUAUUCAGAUGAAGGAUUCUGGAUUUGGGCCCCAAAGCAGCAUCAUAUGAUGGCUAAUUAAGUGACAAGAAAUGUAUAAUGUAUGUAGCCAUCUUUACUACCAGUCAAGCUGGUACUGUCUUACUAUUCAGUAUUAUGAAUCGUUGGUACAGAUGUUAAUAGAGCUAAUCUAGGAGUACGGAAAUGUUGAUUCAUAGACUAUAAUAAAAACUAAGGACCUGGUACUGAAUUUGUCAGCACAAAAUUCCAUGAAUAAAUUCUCUAAUUUCUACAA